UAAUCUGUCUCGAAAAAAACAACCGCCAAACAAGUCUCAAUUUAUUUAUAGAAUUAAUCAAUUUUCAAGCAACGAAAUUAUUGCAAAUAAAAAUUUGUGGUGUACCUCAUGGAAAACAACGAGAUCAAUAUAGCUAAGGAAGCUUUAAAAUAUCGUUUGCGGUGUGGAGCUACAAAUUUAUUUGAAGAGUAUGAACAAGAGAUUGAACAUAUCAAAAGCCUGCUUUUAAGAUCCUCGGAAAUAGCAGAAAGUAAUUCACUAAUUGUGGUUGGCCCAAGAGGAUGUGGAAAAACAACAAUCAUACAAAACAUCCUGACUGAGCUCAUGUCGAAGAUAACUUUCAAAGAAAACAGUAUGCUAGUCAACUUGAGUGGGCUCAUACACACUGAUGACAAAAUUGCAUUAAAAUCGAUUACAACACAAUUGGAUUUGGAUAAUGCAACGCAUGGAAAGAGCUUUGGCAGCUUUGCCGAGAAUCUUGCGUUCCUACUGCAGUGCUUGAAGUCAGGCAACAAUCGCAAAUCCAAAAGUAUUAUUUUUAUCCUAGAUGAUUUUGAUAUUUUUUGCGCUCAUCACAACCAAACACUUCUCUAUAACCUUUUUGACGUGGCGCAAUCGGCACAAGCUCCCAUCUGCGUGGUUGGACUAACGUAUCGCUUGGACGUUAUUGAGUUGCUAGAGAAACGAGUCAAAUCGCGUUUCUCUCAUCGUCAAGUUUUUUUGCAUCCAAAGCAUGACCCGGAAAUAUGGACUGAAAAACUAAAGCUUUUAUUGACUUUUGGGAAUGAAAUUAGUAAAAAAUUAGACGUUAUUCCAAAGGCCUCAAACAAAAUGCUAGCGUUCCUCCAAAACACUUAUGACUCGUCAAAGUAUGUCGUCUCUAAAUCCCUCCAAAAGAGCUGGAAUCAACAAGUGGAAAAGUUGUUCAAACAUAAAGACAUCCUUUCGUGCCUGGAAACUCUCUUUAGUCUGGAUAUCAGUGUAACGUCUUUAAAAAAUAUUGCAUGGGACUUACUUCUUACCCUAAAUUCAGACAAUCCAGAGUGGAACCCAGCAUUAGUUUUGAAGACGCUUGAGGACUUUUUGCGAGAUGACAAGGUGCAAAUUCUGUCUGGCCUGUCUGUGUUGGAACUCUGCCUUGUUAUUGCGAUUAAACAUCAAAGUGAGAUUUACGACAAUGAUCCGUUCAACUUUGAGAUGAUUCUGAAUCGGUUCCAAAAAUUUUCCAAUUCAAGUACGACUAUGCAGGGGAUGGAACGAAGUUUGGUAUUUAAAGCAUUCGAACAUAUCAAAGCUCUGGAAUUGAUUGCUCCAGUAAGUGGCUCAGGACUAACGAAGCAACAAAAAGUUUUUCAAAUGUACAAGUUUAUGCUGACAUCGGGACAGGUGAAAAAAGCCGUCACUAUAUACCAAAAUCUACCAGUCGAUGUCUCUCAAUGGGCAACAAGCUCAAUCGUAUAAAAAAAAAUAAGUAUUUUUGUAUUGUGUCCUAAGUAUUUAUUUGUAUGUAUAAUGAAAUUGUUUUAAUACAUGUUUAAAAUAAUUUUAUUUUUUUUAUAAAAAAAAAAAUAGUCUCAAUGAUUCGAUUUCAAGGAAGUCCUUAAAGCCCACAAAAAUCCAAUUGAGAAAAA